AUGACUGGUCCGAGCUUAAAGGCUCCCAAGGUCGAUCUUAAACCUCUCCCAAAGGGGCUCAGGUAUGCGUUCUUAGGCUCUAACUCCACAUAUCCUGUCAUUGUCAAUGAUGCAUUAACCCCUCAUGAGCUUGAAACCCUUCUUGUUGAGCUGCGCAAGUACAGGAGAGCUCUUGGAUAUUCGCUGGAGGAUAUCAAGGGUCUCUCCCCUACUCUAUGCACUCACAGGAUCCAUCUAGAAAAUGAAUCAAAGGGAUCCAUUGAACAUCAGCGUAGGUUAAACCCAAUCUUAAAGAAGUGGGUGCUGGAAAGGUGUGAAGAGAACAGGCUUGGUCUGAAUUGGGAGAAGUGCAUUUAUGGUGAAAGAGGGGAUAGUCCUUGGCCACAAGAUCUCAGAGAAAGGCAUUGA